AUGCAGCUGCUGCCAGCACUGGUGGUGGCCCUGGCCCUGCUCCUGAGCAACGUGGUGCCGGGGCAUGGUCUGUCCCUGGAGAGCCUGCUGGUCAACAUGAGGUGCAAGUGCAUCAAAUCGACCGCCCAGGUCAUCAGCCUGGGGCUGAUCCUGGCCAUCGACGUGACGCCGCCGGGGAUCCACUGCAGGAGGCAGGAGAUCAUCCUCACCCUGAAGAGAAACAAGAAGGUGUGCGUGGCCCCUGAGGCACCCUGGAUCCAGCUGCUCAUCCACAAGCUGACACAGAGGAGUGUCACCAAAAGACAAGUGGCAGCGCGGCCGCGGCGGGAAGCGGAGCAGCGGGCUGGGGGAGCACGGCAGUGGUGCUGGCCCCCUUUCAGACCUCCCACCCUGCCUCUCCCUCUCUGGGUACAGUAA